AUGACUCUACACGUUGCUUCUGCCACUGCUCCUGUUAAUAUUGCUACCUUGAAGUACUGGGGUAAGAGAGACAAGGAUUUGAACUUGCCUACUAAUUCUUCUAUUUCAGUAACAUUGUCUCAAGAUGAUUUAAGAACUUUGACCUCUGUUGCAUGUGGUCCAGAAUUACAAGAAGAUAAGUUAUGGUUAAACGGUAAGGAGGAAUCUCUAGGUAGUGAAAGAACUCAAAACUGUUUGAAGGAUUUGAGGGACUUGAGGGCUAAGAUGGAAGCCUCUGACUCCAGCAUGCCAACUAUGUCUCAAUGGAAAUUGCAUAUUGUUUCAGAAAAUAACUUCCCAACUGCUGCUGGUUUAGCUUCGUCUGCUGCAGGGUUUGCUGCUUUGGUUGUUGCCAUCACAAAGGUCUUCCAAUUGAAAGAGGAUUACUCUGAAAUCUCAAAGAUUGCUAGAAAGGGUUCCGGUUCUGCUUGUAGAUCUUUAUUCGGUGGUUAUGUUGCUUGGGAAAUGGGGCAAUCUAUUGAUGGUUCCGAUUCCAAAGCUGUUCCAGUUAGCACUAAAGAGGACUGGCCAAAUAUGAAGGCUGCUGUCUUAGUUGUCAGUGAUGUCAAGAAGGACACGCCAUCAACUAGCGGAAUGCAAUUGACUGUCAAGACCUCUGAUUUAUUCCAAGAAAGAAUUAAGAACGUUGUUCCAAAGAGAUUCGAGGAAAUGAAGAAGUCUAUUGUUGAAAAAGAUUUUGCAACUUUUGCUGACUUAACUAUGAAAGACUCAAACAGUUUCCACGCAACUUGUCUAGACUCCUACCCACCAAUUUUCUACAUGAAUGAUACUUCAAGAAAAAUUAUUAGAUUAGUUCACAACAUUAAUGCUUUUUACAAUGAAACAAUUGUUGCUUACACUUACGAUGCUGGUCCAAACGCUGUUCUGUAUUAUUUAGAAGAAAAUGAGGAAAAAUUAUUUGCCUUUAUUUACAAGUACUUCAAUAAAGUCAGUGGUUGGGACACUAAAUACAAUGCUUCUGAGUUACAAAAUUUCCUAAAGAAAUUCGAUGCAGUUGAAGAAAAGUUAAAUUUCCAAACUGAUGAGGAUAUUUACAAGGGUGUCUCUAGAGUCAUUUUGACUAGAGUUGGUGAUGGUCCACAAUCAACUGAUCAAUGUUUGAUUAACAAGGAAACCGGUUUACCAAAUUAA